AUGAAUGCGUUCAAGCUCCUCCUUGUGCUGGGUGCCGCAUUGGCCACGGCCAGCCCAACUGGCAACAUCCGCCUUCGUCAAGAGGACCCGCCGAAGCCGAGCACUACCACCUCGAUCAACUCGGCAGACCCAACUGUGACCUCGACUAUCACCUACUCGGCCUACACCUCGACGGCCAUUGCCGUGGUCGAGCUAAACUGCACUCGGUCUAUCUUUGCUCAGCCGUCGCCGACAAGCCGAGCUACCGUCGCACCUCCAGCCCUACCUACCACGCCUUCUGAGCCUGCCAUGCCCACAAUGACCAUGCCCGGCCCGGACUCUCCCGAGUUCAUCAAGCGACAAGGCACCGGGUCUUCAAAGCCGGCGCCAACUACGACCUCUGCUCCGGCCGCCACCACCCCGCCGCCGGUCGUGGUCACCCACACAGUCUGGGUCCAGACGACAAUCACCCAGACCCAGCCUCUCACGCGUACUACCUACGCCUGCGAGUCGACUAUCGCGUGGCUCUACACCGUAGACAAAACCACUACCAUGACAAUCACCCGCACGCGGUACUCGACCACAGCGACAGCCACCUCGUCACUAAGCUGCGGCUUCGGCUUCGGCUUCGGCGGCGGCAUGGCGGCUCUCCCGCCGGCCCCGGCCCCGGUCCCGGCUCCAGCCGAAGCAACCGCAUCCCCGCCCAUCGUGCCCGUGAGGCAGCGGCGCCAGGAAGACUCCGCCAGCGCCGCAGCCCCGGCGACCGUCACCUCGACGGUGCACCUCACCCGCACGGCCUACAGCCUCGAGACGGUCAGCGCCACGGCGACGACCCGCACGCGCUACGUGUGCAGCACGACCAGCUACGACGCCACCGUCACGCGCACCGUUGGCACGCGCACCGUCUACACGGCCACCACGACCGUCGUCAGCCUGCGGAACUGCGGCGCCCCGGCCCGCCCGCCGAGGCCGACCAUGACCCGCCCGGCGCCGAGGCCGAGCACCCCCGUGCCGACGCUGGAUGACGGCGCGGCGGAAGGGUCCAUGACCAUGAUGCGCAGGCAGGGUUCGUCUGAGCCUACGACUAGCGCGCCCGCUCCGUCGACCACGACCACGGCGACGGCGGCGCCGCCUGAGGAGCCGACGACGACGAGGCACUACACCCGGACUGUCCGAGCGACGGCUACUGUGACGGCUAGUGAGCCCGCGACCCGGAGGCUUGUGAGCUGUUCGCCAGUGCAGACGCCUGCUCCUGAGCCCUCGGAGCCUCCGGCAGAGGAGGAAGACUUCUAA